AUCAUCCACAAUUUAAUAAUAAGUCCCUGGUUACUAUUUUAUUAAUCCUUCUAUUUUAAAGAAGUGGAGGCCCAAUGCCGCGCCCUUCUCUCCCUCUCCUCUUUAAGGUGGCCACCGCCGCCGUCACCGGCGGUGCCGCGCUCCUCGCAUUCCGGCGGCUCAACCGCGACGAGGCUGUCGUCUCCCUCCGCCGUGAGAUCCGCGACGCCCUCCACCUCCUCCGUCCGGUCGCCGGUGGAGCUGCCGCCACCCCGCCAGCGGUCCUCGUCGCGGGAAUCCGGGCCCACGGCAAGAGCUCGUUCGUGAACACCGCGUGCCGCGCCCUCGCAUGCGAGGCCGGCCCCCUGAUCCUCCGCGCGGAAACAGCUCCGCCGGGCCCCGGCUCCGCUACCGUCGCGCGCCGGGUGGUCCGGGCGGUGGUGGCGGGUGGACAGGGUGCGGAGGAGGAGGAGGAGGAGGCGAUGGUGGAGCUGGUGGACGCGCCGGCGCUGCCGGAGGCCGGAAGGCUGACGAGGGCCGACGUGGAGGCGGCCCUGGGCGGCGUCGGGGGAGGGAUUGGGGCGGCGCCGGCGGUUGAGUGCGUGGUUCUGGUGCUCCGCUGCGGCGGACCGGCGAAGGAGCGGAACCUGGCGGUCAGGAAGCUGCCCGAAAUCGCCAGCGCCAUUCGCGAACGAGGCUUGCAUUUGGUGAUCGUGUUAACCCACAGGAAGGCCAUUAAAAGCCUGAAAGAAGCUGAAGAUGUUCGUCGGGAGGUGGCCUUCAGGGCAAGAACUGAUUGUGUUUAUUUCAUGGAGAACUACAUAUCAAGCAACACGCUUAACAUUCGCCAUCCUCGUGCAUUAAGAAAUGAGUUUGAGACGCACUUUACGGUGCUUACAAUCAUCAGGCAGUGCAUCGAGUUUGUCAAAUUAUAUCGAAGCCAUUCAUCACAGAAGACAGAUACAAUGAAAUAGAAACUAUUACGUUGUGACUGAAAAAUUAAUGCCUCAAUUAGAAAUUAUCUUAAAUUUAGUAAUACAAAAUUGUAAGUAUUUUUUAUGACUUUUAU